AAAAAAAAAAAAAAAAAUAGGAGUGAUGGAGAAAAAAAAAAACAUCGAAAGCCGGUUUUGAUUGGCACAAGUUUUGAAUGAUAGUAUUCUUUCUCCGCUUGCGGCCACUUCACUUAUUUUUUCCCCCCUUGGGUCCCUUUCUCUGACCUUUAUGCUUCUUUUCCAGUGUUCCUUUUUUCAUUCUAUUUCAUCUAUUCCACAAAGAUGAGGUUAAACAUUCUUUGUUUCCUUAUAUUAUUAUAUUUUACUAUUUGUAAUGGUGAUGAACAUAAUCAUAUUUAUAAGAAAGGUGAGGAAGUAGUGGUAUGGAUGAAUACAGUUGGUCCGUUGUAUAAUCGACAAGAAACAUACCCUUAUUACCAGUUACCUUUUUGUCAUGGUGAUAAUCCUGUCGAACAUCAUCAUGAAACUUUAGGCGAAGCAUUACAAGGAAUGGAUUUGAUAAACUCUGGGAUUCCUAUGAAAUAUCUUGUUCCUGUUGAUAACCAAGUCUUUUGCAAACAAGUUUUGCGACACGAUGAUAUUGGAUUACUUAAAUAUGCAGUUCAAGGUCAAUAUUGGUACACUAUGUUUGUUGAUGAUCUACCGAUCAGUGGCUUUGUUGGUAUGAUUGAAAACCCGGAAGACCCUGAAAAUAUACAAUACUAUCUUCAUACACACAAGGAAUUCAUUAUCGAAUACAAUCAGGAUAGGAUUAUUGCCGUGAUGCUGCGACCAGGUGAUAACCCUAUUCUUCUUGAUAGCAAGCAACCAACUAUAGAAAUCGAAUUUACCUACUCUGUAGAAUGGCAACCUACCGCUAUUAAGUUUGAAGAUCGAUUUACAAGGUUACUGGAGUCUGAUUUCUUUGAACAUCAAGUACAUUGGCUCUCUAUAUUCAGUUCAUUUAUGAUGGUACUUUUUUUGACAGGUCUUGUGUCUGUGAUUUUACUCCGGACAAUCAAGAAUGAUUAUGCAAGAUAUGAUAGAGAAGAAGCCACAGCUGACUUUGAUAGAGAUUUUGGAGAUGAUUGGGGUUGGAAACAAGUUCAUGGCGAUGUGUUCCGUCAACCUGAUCGACUUAUGUUACUAUCAGCUUUUAUGGGCACAGGAAAUCAAUUGGUUAUUCUAUCUGCUGUGGUGAUUAUCUAUGCAAUGCUUGGUGAUUUAUAUGUGGAAAGAGCAACUAUAUUGACAGCAACUAUCUUUUUGUAUGCACUUACAUCGGCGGUAGCUGGUUAUACUAGUGCUCGAUAUUAUACUCAUUAUGGAGGCAAAGAUUGGGUCCGAAAUAUUCUUCUCACUGCCGGUGUAUGGCCUGGUGCUGUUGCUUGUAUUGGUGGUUAUAUCAAUACUAUUGCCAUUUUUUAUUCUAGUUCGAAAGCAAUUCCAUUUCCCGUGAUGAUUGCGAUUCUUGCUAUCUGGUUAUUCUUAUGUUUUCCUCUUACACUUCUUGGAGCUAUCAUUGGUCGUAAUUGGGGUUCCAAGCGUAUUGACUUUCCUUGUCGAGUGAAUCCUAUCCCUCGUCCUAUUCCUGAAAAACAAUGGUAUUUGGAGCCCUCUUCCAUUAUGAUUUUUGGUGGUGUUCUUCCCUUUGCAUCGAUCUUUAUUGAAAUAUACUUUAUAUUUACCUCUUUUUGGACGUACAGAAUCUAUUAUGUAUAUGGAUUUAUGUUCCUAGUAUUCCUUAUCUUGUUGAUUGUAUGUGCCUGCGUCUCUAUUGUCAGUACUUACUUUCUUCUCAACUCUGAAGAUCAUCGAUGGCAUUGGGUUAGUUUUUGGACGUGUGCUUCGACGGCUGGUUAUGUAUACGCUUAUUCGGUCUAUUAUUUUUUCUAUAAAACAAAGAUGACUGGAUUGUUCCAAACAAGUUUCUAUUUUGGAUACACUGCUUUGUUCUCUCUGGGUCUCUUUUUCAUGUUGGGAUCCGUUGGUCACUUUUCAGCUAGUUUAUUUGUUCGAAGGAUAUACCAAAAUGUCAAAAUCGAUUAGUCUAGUGUUGUAUUAUUGUUUUUCUUUCUUUAUAUAUUAUUAAUAAAACAAAAUCAUUGAAAAUGCUGAUAUUUC